GCUCCAUCAACAACAACACAUCAUCACUCACACUCGAUACAACUCCCCGUCUGACAAUGGCAUCGGCACACUCCCCGCAACUACGAUCUCUCUACAGACGCCUCCUGCGCGAACUCCCCACGAAAGCCAGCCCCUCAAACACCAUCCUCUCACAUCCAUCCCCGAUCCAACAACGGAUACGGUCUACAUUCGCAGCACGCUCCGCCGCCGCCCCAGACGCAGAAACAGCAGCCGUGCCAGAGAUCCAAGCCGUAGAUCAAUUCAUCCAGACCCUAAAGGCACAGCGGAUGUACGCAACGCUAGUCGAGAGAUACAACCCGGGCAUGAACAUGAACGAGGAAGAACGAGUGCGUCUGACGGCGAGGAAGGUGGGCAUGAACCUGCCCAUAGAGUUUGUGGACGACAAGAGAUGAUGUGUUUGAGAGGGUUCUUUGGGGCGAGUCGCGGAUACCGUGAGGGACGGAAAGCGAGCAGUAGUUUGGAGGAAAUGCUUGCCGUCCGUCGGCUGGCUGAAUGGCUCUUAAUGCGUUGUCCGGGCACAGCAAGCAGCCAUGCGUUUAGGGCUGCAUGGAUAGACAGACAGACACCCUCCAGAUCGGCUCGGAAUCGUCCUUGGGCGCGCAUCAGCAUACAAGAGCGCAUAGCGCGGCUAAUGCGGCGGCGUCCCUUUCAUCGAAGCACAACAAAAACAUGUACAUGUACAUGAGUAGAACAACGACGACGACGGCCGGACUUGCACUGUACAUAUCACGCAGAAGCAUCAUAAAUCAGCAUCUUAGACAACAAUAUCGUAGAC